GGCCUGGGAAAAGGGGCAAGAUGGCUGACUCCGAAGAGGGUGUUUUGCCGCUGACGGCUGCUUCCACUGCCCCAAUUUCAUUCAGCUUCACUCGCAUGUCCGCACGGAGGCGGCUGGCCGACUCGAGAGACGGCGCGAGGCCAUCUCCGGAGGAGAAGGAUUUCUUGAAAACCGUGGAAGGGAGGGAGCUGCAGAGUGUGAAGCCCCAGGAAGCCCCCAAGGAACUCGUCAUCCCUUUGAUCCAGAAUGGCCAUCGCAGGCAGCCACCAGCCCGGCCCCCUGGGCCAUCCACAGAUACUGAGGCCUUGGCAGAUGGGGUGCUGUCCCAGGCUGUGAAGGAGCUCAUUGAGGAAUCCAAGAAGUCUCUGGAAGAGAGAGAGAAUGCGGGUGUCGACCCCACGCUCGCUAUCCCCAUGAUCCAGAAAGGAUGCACCCCCAGCGGGGAAGGGGCAGACAGCGAACCCCGGGCAGAGACAGUGCCAGAGGAGGCUAAUUAUGAGGCGGUCCCUGUGGAGGCCUAUGGGCUGGCCAUGCUGCGGGGCAUGGGCUGGAAACCUGGCGAGGGCAUCGGCCGCACCUUCAAUCAAGUAGUGAAGCCCUGUGUCAACUCACUGAGGCCCAAGGGGUUAGGGCUGGGUGCCAACCUGACUGAGGCCCAGGCCUUGACCCCCACCGGCCCCUCCUACAUGCCAAGGCCAGAUGAGGAGCAAGAGAAGGAUAAGGAAGAUCAGCUCCAAGGGCUGGUGCCAGGAGGAGCUGUGGUGGUUCUUUCUGGCCCUCACCGAGGCCUCUAUGGGAAGGAUCCAAGGAAGCCCCACAGUCAGCUGAGGGAGACACAGGAACCAGACCUGGUCCCACUUAGGGGUCAGAGUCUGGUUGGGAAGACAGAGGAAGCAGGCCUCUUAGAGGUGGAAGGCCUCGAUCCUGACAAUGUUCGGGCCAUGGUUCGUCUGGCUGUGGGGAGCCGGGUGGUGACUGUUAGUGAGUACCGCCUGCGGCCUGUCUCCCAGCAGGAGUUUAACAAGAACACCUUGGACCUUAGGCAACAGAACGGAACUGCCUCAUCACGGAAGACCGUCCGGAAUCAAGAACUCCACGUCCAGCAGGACAACUCAGAGAGGAAGCGGAAACACCUUCCAGACCGACUGGAUGGGCCUGCAGCCAAGAGUGAGAAAGCAGCCCCCAGGAGUCAGCACUGGUUGCACAGGGACCUGCGCGUGCGUUUUGUGGACAAGAUGUAUAAAGGAGGCCAAUAUUACAACACCAAGAUGAUAAUUGAAGAUGUCCUAAGCCCAGAUAGCUGUGUAUGUCGGACAGAUGAAGGCCGAGUCCUGGAAGGCCUGAGGGAAGACAUGCUGGAGACCCUGGUUCCCAAGGCAGAGGGUGACCGUGUGAUGGUCGUGCUGGGCCCACAGGCUGGAAGGGUGGGACAUUUGCUGAGCCGGGACAGAGCACGGAGCCGGGCUUUGGUGCAGCUGCCAAGAGAAAAUCAGGUGGUGGAGCUUCACUACGAUGCCAUCUGCCAGUACAUGGGCCCUAGUGACACAGAUGAUGACUGACCCAUGGGACUCCUCCCAUCCCCCAGGCUGGUACCAGUUCUGUACCAUAUGAGAAAGUUGCCUUCAAGAAGGUGGGAAGAUCAUUGUUCCAUCCUCCACUUCUGGUGCAGUCCUGGGACAAGGACAAGGGAAAGGGAUGGGUAAACCAGUAGGGAAGCUAGAAACAAACCCAAGGUUUACCAAAAUUUAGGGUAUAAUAAAAACCAUUUCAAGUACUUAAUAGAAA